UGGUGAAGGUUUAGAAGAUCAAUUCGCACAUCGUGCAAAGACCACUAGUGCUAAACCAUAUGCAAAACCCACCAACACUAAAUACACAAGUUCUAAAAGCCUAGAAGAUAUACUUCAUGCAAAGCACACCAGCACUAAAUCUCAUGCAAAGACCACCGGUGCUAACGCUCAUAUUAGACCCUAUACAAAGCCUACCAGCACUAAAAGAACCAGUUCUAAAAGCUUAGAUCUACUUAAUCUUCACGCAAAGCCCACUAACAUUAAAGAUAUAGAAGGUCUACUUAAACUUCAUGAACAUACCAGCACUAAAUCUUAUUCAAAGUCAACUGGCGCUAAAGAUAAACCCCAUGUAAGGUCUACCAGCAUUAAACCUUAUGUAAAGCCAACCAAUGCUAAAGAAAGUGGAACAAAAGGUCUAGAUGACCUACAUAAACUUCAUCCAGAGCCCACAAACAUUAAAGACAAUCCUAAAUUUAAUGUAAAAUCUACUGAAGCUAAAGAACGCGAAAAGCCCACCGGUGCUAAAGGCCAAGUAAAACCCACCGACAUUAAAGACAAACCUAAAUUUAAUGUAAAAUCUACUGAAGUUAAAGAACACGAAAAGCCCACCGGUACUAAAGGCCAAGUAAAACCCACCGGCAUUAAUGACAAACCUAAAUUUACUGUGAAAUCUACUGAA